GUGUACCGGAAGUUAGCGUGCCUCGUGCUUUCGUUCGAAAUUAUUUUGGACAAAUCAACAACAAUAACAAAAGUGACAGUUUGGGGAUUCUCGAGAAACCAAUUCACCUAACAGUGAUUGUUCUAUGGUAAGCCAGUGUCAGAAAGGCGAGAAAGAUCAAAUUUGUCUUCGUUUUGUUUAGUGAAAAGUUUUGAAUAAAAAGAUAGAAUCAUUUGAAAAAGUUUACACCAACUUUUUGUUCAGAAGCUCAAAGCUAUCCAACUUUAUCUUGAGACACAUUAUCGAGCUUAUAAACCUUAAUUCAAAAUGUGGAUCACAAAGCGAAACAGUGAAAGAAGAGUGUAGAAAUCCGCUGUUCCAGCUCUUCUGAGAUUUUGCAAAGUUGAGCCGAGCAUAAUCUUCUCUGCUCACUGCUCACCAUCAUCAGUUGUUGAUUCCAGCAAGCAACAGAAGAAACGCUGGCUAACAUAUGUCCAGGAAUGUCCACAACAACGACGAAACCGGACGAAGGCUAUAGCACCAUCAUCGUCAUCAUCGCCAACACCAUCAUUGCCAACGUUUGUGGUACCGGUUUGUGGCCUACAGAAAGAAGCAUCCGACGACCGGAGUAAAACAUCUGAAGGGAUUUCUCUUUUCGGAACACAUGCACAGUGGAUUGACCGAUCGGCAAAAGAAUCAACGUCGUAAGCCCAAUACAAGGAGCUUUUUACUAUUACUGUUUAUGUUCUCGUAAAGUGGAUCGCGGUUUAUUCUCAAUACGUUAAUUUGCCGGUAAAUGUAAUAAGUGAACGAACUUUUGAAUGUGUCUUGGCCAUUUAGGUACCUAUCUACGUUGUUUGAUAAGAAACUAGUUCGGGCUUCGUAAUCAGCUUUGUCUUGUCUGAUGUCUGUUCUCAGUUUGAUUGUCAGUAUCCUAAUUUGAAAGCAGUCAUAAUUGUACGUGAUUGUACCAUCACACAUUUGGCGGGCAGGGUGCCAAGUGAAGAAAAUCAUUCUUGUGUAAACCAAAAAAAACGAUGAUUGUGUUAAGUUCUAUUUAUCUUCGGGGUUAAGUGUGUAUCUUACAUUGCGGGCUUGAUUCUAAGCAGAAAAAAAAAUCAAAGUGAGAAGUUUAAACAGAAAUAAAUUCGCAGGUGGAUUGAUUCGAUUACCAAAAAAAUAUAUCUACUGUGGAUUUGCAGUGUGAUUCUUUAAGGAAAAAAUUAUAAACCAUAACUGCUGAAGAAAACGGAUUACACGGAUCUACGGAGUAACUCAAGUUUGAGCUGAACCUGGAUAACCAAAUUUAACUUGAAAGAUUUCCAGAUCUUCAGUGUCUCAUUUCUUCACGCAUGAUCGGCCGACCAAACGAGCAACCAAAAAUUGGUUCGACUGGAAUUUGCUUUUAUUUAAUUUGAUUUGAGAAAAUAUGAAAUGAAAUGUGCGACCGAGCAGUGUGUGACCGAAUGCAGUGGGUCUAGUUUGGUGGAAAUAUUGUGCUUCACUAAGUCGAGGUUAUAAAAAGAAUCGGAUAGAGUUAAGUGCUUUUGGAAAAGUUUUUAGCCUUACCAUCCGCAAAAUGGUGCUCAGUGAGGGGUAAGAAAUUGCUUGUUUUGUAAAUCCGGAUUGAGCCAGUUCUAACAAUCGGGUCCUAAUGGUGUUUUUCGACGAUGCCACAACCGGAGGAUUCGAGAAAGGAUGGCCCAUCGUCGGGUGGAUUCCAACCCGCGCCACCUUUGGCACCUCAACAGUCACAACAACAUCUGCAAGUGCCAGCGAUACAAAUCCCUUCUUCGGAGGCGGGUCGCACCUACGUAUUCCCGGGGACAAGCGUAGCAGGAGGUAGUGUUCCUUCGGCCGGAAGUCAUCCUCGAAGUGGCGGUGGACAUUCGCGUUCCAUUAGUCAUGGAGAAGGUUCGUUUGGGAUGUACGGUGCUGCCGGCAGACCGUCAGCUCUCAAAUCGGCCGUUAAAGGUGGUCACCAGAGGGCGCUGUCCCAGGGUCAGAUUACGGACAGUGCGGUUCCUCGAUCCGGGCACAGCAGAGUGGGAUCCAAAACUGAUUUCAUUCUCCCACCCGGCCACAAAGAGGUUCAAGAACCAAGGGAAACACUCACUGCUUCCACCAUCGGCAAAGGACAUUCCCGGCAGGCCUCUCGAUCGGAAUCGAUAUACACGCUCCGGAGACAGGAUCGUCCUCCCUGGUGGAAGCGUAUAAUGUUCUGCCGGAGCAGCAAAUUUGAAGAACGGGACUAUCGAAUAGUGGUCCCAAAUCACACAGUGCCUCCGAAAACGCCCAAACAUGACCAUCCCAAUGGACGGCUCGUUGGGAACAAAAUUCGGACUACAAAAUAUACUCUACUGUCGUUUGUGCCGAAAAAUCUUCUGGAGCAGUUCCACCGGGUCGCGAACCUCUACUUCAUUUUCAUAGUGCUCUUAAACUGGUUCCCCCAGAUCAAUGCCUUCGGGAAAGAGAUUGCCAUGAUUCCGGUGCUGUUCGUCUUGGGGGUGACCGCGAUCAAGGAUCUGUUCGAGGACCGACGGCGGCGUGCUUCGGACAAGCGAAUCAACAACUCGACCUGUCGCGUCUACAAUGGCGAAUCAGAGCGGUACAAGAAGGUCCUCUGGCAGGACGUCCGGGUUGGCGAUCUGGUGCAUCUGUCCAACAACGAGACGGUUCCGGCCGAUAUCCUGCUGCUGAAAUCGAGCGAUCCUCACGGGGUGUGCUACAUCGACACGUGCGAUCUCGAUGGGGAGACUAAUCUUAAAAGGCGACAGGUGAUUCGUGGAUUUUCCGAGAAGCAGCACGCUUUUACGGCCAGCAAGUUCACCAGCAGGGUUGAGGUGGACGCCCCAUCCACCAAGAUCUAUCGAUUCCAUGGAGCUGUGAUACAUCCGUCGGGUGAACGGGUACCGGUGGCAACCGAGAGUUUGCUACUUCGAGAAAGUCGGUUGAAGAAUACGGAUUAUGCGGAGGGAAUCGUGGUCUACGCAGGUCACGAAACCAAGGCUAUGCUAAACAAUAGUGGUCCACGGUAUAAGCGAUCGCAAAUCGAGCAGCAGAUGAACAUCGAUGUGAUAUGGUGUGUGAUCAUCCUGAUCAUACUCUGCGUGAUAGGUGCUAUCGGCUGCAAGAUGUGGUUGUCUUCGUUCGUUGCCGAUGAAAGAGAUAAUAACGAAAGCUUUCGUAUUCCGUAUCUUCCGUUCGAGAUCAGCCCGGAUUACGAGGGUUUACUGGCGUUCUGGACGUUUGUGAUCAUUCUUCAGAUUAUGAUUCCUCUUUCGUUAUACGUAACUAUAGAACUCUGCAAAAUCAUGCAGGUUUAUCAUAUUCAUAACAGCAUAGAUCUCUACGAUCCGCAAACUAACAAGCGUUCCGAAUGCAGGGCAAUGAACAUAACAGAAGAGCUAGGUCAGGUGCAGUAUAUAUUUUCGGACAAAACUGGAACGCUCACCGAAAAUCGGAUGAUCUUCCGAAGGUGUACGAUAGUAGGGGUCGAUUAUAACCAUCCAGAAACGGAGGAGGAAAAAGAACUGAAUAAAGUCGGAGGUCCGGUUCCGAACCUUCAGCCAAAUAUUAGCUUAAUAGAAAAUUUAAAUCAAACAUCAGUUGACAGUGAGCGGUUAACAAGUAGUGCACAGCAGAUUCAGGAAUUCUUCCUAGUGCUAGCGAUAUGCAAUACAGUCGUGGUCAGUGCAACUCCUCACAAAGACCACAUGAACGCUAGUGGUGUGAUAGAGUUGAACGACUCGGACACUAGUGUAACACUGGUGAGGCCAGUAGUCGUUGGUGAACCAAUCGCUAAUGGAACGGAUCCAGCCAGCGAUCGCUAUGCUAGGUUAACAGAAUCACGUUCAAUCACUCCGUCACCGCCUCCCAAUGCUCCUACGUCGUUGCCGUUGAAGCAAACUCAUGUGCCAUCGCUGUCCCCGAUCAGUAGCUCAGCAGAAACAUCCCCAAUGUCGGAAAGCCCUCCGAUGAAGCGCCAAGCAAAUACGCCAACUGCGCGUGUCAAGUCACUGGUAGCCAAGCUACCCAAAGGUCCGUUCAAGUCUAGUAAUAAGAACAAGUUCAAUAUGAAUAGUGUUAAGUUUCAAAAGUCCCUCUCCCAAGGCUCAACGCCCAGCGAUCGGCGGCCAAUCUUUGAAGCCGAAAGUCCCGAUGAGCUUGCCUUAGUCAAUGCAGCCUAUAGCUACGAUUGUUGUCUCAUCAACCGCAGUCCCAAUCACGUUUUAGUGAACGUUCCAGGUGAUGGUGUUGUGGAGUAUGAAAUUCUCAAAGUCCUUCCAUUUGACUCCAACCGCAAGUGCAUGUCAGUGGUAAUUCGUAAGACUGGUACCCAAGAGGUAGUUCUGUACACAAAAGGUGCUGACAGCACAAUCAUGGCAGCGCUAGGUCCCUGCUCGCCUGGAUCCGAAGAAUACCGAUUGCGGGAGCAAACUCAACAUCAGCUUAACCUCUACGCGCGCCAAGGCCUACGAGUCCUGGUCAUGGCAAAGCGACAUCUAGAUGCAACCGACUUUAGCGAGUGGUACAGCAAACACCAGGAGUGUGAACUCAGCAUGGAAAACAGGGAGAAAAAGAUACGAGAAUCCUUCUGCAUUUUAGAAAGAAAUCUCACCUUACUGGGCACGACGGGAAUUGAAGAUCGACUGCAGGAAGGAGUCCCCGAAACUAUAUCGUCUCUAUUGCAAGCUGGCAUUGUGAUAUGGGUGUUAACGGGCGAUAAAACUGAAACGGCAAUAAAUGUCGCGUACUCCGCUAGACUUUUCAAUUCUCAGAUGGAUAUUCUACGGUUAACAGCACGAUCACGCGAUUCCGCUGAGGCUAGCAUCAAUUUUUACCUGAAUGAAAUUGAGAAACAACAAAGUGACGUGGACCUAUCGAUACGGAGCGAUCGCGACAAAGGCCGGGCCUUGGUUGUGGAUGGCAAAACUCUAACCUUCAUUCUGGACUUGCGAUCUAACUUGACGAAGCCGUUCUUGCGCCUAACGAAACACUGCUCCUCAGUACUGUGCUGCAGGGCUACACCACUCCAGAAAGCCUACCUGGUGAAAGUGGUGAAGGAAGAGCUCCGCAUGAGCACGCUGGCAAUCGGGGAUGGGGCUAACGAUGUUUCGAUGAUACAGAUGGCCGAUGUCGGUGUCGGCAUUUGCGGUCAGGAGGGUAUGCAAGCUGUGAUGGCGUCCGAUUUUACAAUAGCCAAGUUUCGGUUGUUGGAAAAGAUGCUGCUGGUACAUGGCCAUUGGAACUACGACAGGUUGGCCCGGAUGAUUAUUUAUUUCUUCUACAAAAAUGCAGCAUUCGUGUUCCUACUGUUUUGGUAUCAACUGUACUGUGGCUUCUCUGGUGCCGUCAUGAUCGACGAGAUGUACCUCAUGAUCUACAACCUCAUCUUCACUGCCCUGCCUCCACUUGCCAUCGGAGUGUACGAUAAAAAAGUGCUCGACGACCUCCUGCUCAACUAUCCUCGUUUGUAUCGACAUGGUCGCCUUGGGAAAGGUUACAAACCGCACACCUUCUGGGUGGUCAUGCUCGAUGCGCUGUAUCAAAGUCUGGUGAUAUUUUUCGUAGCAAAAGCAGCUUUCUGGGAUUCGGACGUGGACAUUUGGGUGUUUGGUACGAUCAUCACCUCGGCGUGCCUAUUUACGAUGCUGCUGCACUGUGCCAUAGAAGUUAGAUCAUGGACAAUCCUCCACGUGUUAUCCAUUGCAAUAAGCAUAGGUUCGUUUUACGUUUUUGCCUUUGCAUACAGUACAGUUUGUGUAACCUGCUUCGGUCUGCCUUCGAACUACUGGGUGAUUCACAUGAGCAUGAGUACAAUUCAGUAUUACCUUAUAACUGUUCUGACCGCGGUGCUGGCCCUUCUACCACGCUUCAUGUACCGGGUGUUGGAGAAUACGAUCUGGCCUGGGGAGGCAAUCCGCGUCACACUCCAGUACAAGGAAGAAAAACGUAGAGGUGAGAAUCUAUUGGUGACUUGGUCCCGAUCCACAUCGGCCUCGUCUAUAUUCAGGUAUCUAACCACGACUACGAAUACAACCACGCUAACAAACGCCACCAAUACCACGACGCUAAAUGACGCAAGCAUGACGACAAUGUGCUCGUCGUCCACCACGGGUAAGAAUCUGGCCAUCACUGCCAAUGCCAGCGAAACGGGCGGAAGUUCCAAGAGGAGCACGCUAAAGGCCCGCAAAAAGCUCAAUGCCGCUGUCGGAAUCCUGGAACGGAACAAUCCUCAGGAACGGUUCGGCUACUAGGUGGGCGAACCCCGAGAAACACUGGGCCAAGCAGUUCGAUAACCAGACGCCGGAGGAACCUCCAAUAACUGGACUGCGCAUAAGACUGUGACCAAUGCCGUCGGAGAUCAGUUCCUCUGUAUGAUGCAACAACGGUGACGACAAGACGAGAGCUUAAUCAUAAAUCCAUUAUUUUCUACCAUCCUGCCUUUAACGUAUGUUUCUUUAGUGCGUAUUCCAUUUUUAAUGUAUGACCAAUCGGAGUAGAACAGUUAUUUAUUUGAAUUCAAAUUAUCCUUUUUUUGUGUUUUUAAUUGUACAAAAAUCUUGAAACUCCUUUUGAACUACAAAAUCUUCUCAAAUUAUACGUCUGUUAAAAAAAAAUGCACAUUCAGGACCAAAAUUUAAUUUGCGGCUUAAAAACAUCCGUUAAGAUACAGUUUGCAACGUUUAUUUUACACAGAUUUUGGAUCGCUUAUUUCCUAUCAACGAUCAUCAACAAUACAAAAAUAACCUAUCGGCAAAGGUUUAGUAAUCAUAGAAUGUAGUAGAACGUCUUUCUUUCAUUCUUCUCGAAAGGCUGAACGACAAUGUUAAACGACAAGUGCAUUUUCCAUUACCAUGAUACGCUUUUUUCGUACGGAAAAAAUAAACUGAUGAAAGAUAACAGAGCAAAUCAAGUUGAUAUAAUCGAUAGUAGGUAAUAAUUGUAUAGGACAAAAAAAAUCGUGGCUGUGACAAAGCGAUUAUCGAAGGACGCGCGCAGCAGCAGAGCAGCGUCACUAUAGAAUGGAACAAAAAGGAAUGGAAAGAAUUAAAAUGAAUCCGAUUCCCAAUUCCCGAUAGCAUGGUCAAAAUAUUUAGCCCUUGAAAAAGGAAAAAUGACAAUAAUAGCAUUUCUACAACACGUAAAUGUACAGCUUUACUCUAAAAAUCAACGGGCGCAACUAAAAAUUCUCUGCCUCACCCGUUGGUAUCAUCUUUUUCCUUUGCGUAUUCAGACUUAGGGACCCCUCAAAAAUUGUAUUAAACAAAAGUAGGUUUCCGAUGCGCUAAAAAGACAAUUAUUGCUAUGCUGAAAAAAUAAACGCUAACGUAGACAACCACUGAAUACUGUAAUCAAUUUUACGUGUAAACGCUGGAUAUGUAGCUGGGUUGUACGAAAUAGCCUUACUAUAAUAAAUUAACUUAUUUAAUAGAAGAUUGAUACCCGGGGUCGUUAUAAUUGAGUUUUUAAGAACGACAACCCAACAAAGAAUUUAAACUUCGUAGCGAAAUUAGUGCAACCUUGGUAGUUUUGCUGUGAACAAUCGGAUCACCACUGCGUAUAAAUAUAGAUAUCAAAAUCCUAUAAAUAUUUGUUGUAGGGACCCCCGAAGUUGCUUAGAGGAAAUUAUCGAACAUACAUUUAAAUUUAAAUAAUCAAAAGUUGUUACAUAAGUAUUACCUUUUACGAGCCUAACUACCCUGUAAAAUUGAAACCCAUGAAAUAAUAAGUUUUAUAAAGUAACCAUAAACAUAUCGUUGAA